AUGGAAACAUCGAACGACGCGAGCGGGGAGCCGAGGUGCCACUGGAGGGAGAGCGGCAUCUGCGACCGCGUGGAUUGCCCCGAGGGCAUCGUAUGCUCCUCUCCCGUGCUCUUCCACCUCCACGUCCACCGGGCGGGGAAGGCGGAGCGCGGGGAGUCGCCCUGGAAGGUGGCGCCGCGCGACAUCGUCGUCGACGGCUUCGUCAGGGCCCUCACGCCGAGGGACAACAGCGAUCACCAUCGCGGCUACGCGUGGCGAUGUACCCUCGAGAACAUCAUCGAGGACGUCGAGAACGAUCAAGGCGUGUCGCUCGACGCGGGCGAGCUCCUGCGGCUCGCCAGGCGCGCCGUCGCGGCCUGCGACGUUCGCGCCGCGCGCGACCCGCACAAUUUGCCGAAGCUGACGAUAUCGGCCGUGGACGACACGGGAACGUCGGUGACCGUUCGCCUGCCCCCGUCCACAGCCCGUCACGAUCUGCAGACCACCAUCUAUCUGCAAGACAGGUUCUGCGUCGCCGCCGCCGACAUCCGCGACGGGGCGCGCGCGCGCGCCGCCAAGGCCGACGCCGCCUUCGCAAAGAUGCGCCGCGGCGCCGCGGCGCUGCGGGAGGCGGUGCGAAUCUACGACGCGUCCUUCGAACAGACGUCCGCCGCCGGGGGACAACGGAGGACGGGCUUGGCGGGCAUCUCCCCCGUCAAAACCGCGCCGCCGUCGGGGGGUCGGAGGUGGAGGGCGGACGCCCUCGCCGCGGCGGACGAGAUGGAGGCGGCGGCGAGGGACGCGGACGCGCACGCGGCGGGGACGGCGGAGUGGACGUCGGAGGCGAACGAACGGGGCGGCGGCGGUGGCGUGGGCGCGGGCGGCGGCGCGACCGGGCGGGGACGCGUCGGCGACUUUGCGCCCGGCGGGGAUGAGCGGGAACGAGCCGCGAAGAAAGCCAAGCGCGGGCUGCAACUCGCGGCGGACGUCGCGGGCGACUAG